AUGAGAGAGCUGUCCAGAAACGAGUCCUUGGUGACUGAGUUUGUUCUCGCUGGACUAACAGAUUGUCCAGAGUUCCAGCUACCCCUCUUCUGCAUGUUUCUAAUGAUCUACAUUGUCACUCUGGUUGGCAACUUAGGUUUGGUCACUCUGAUUGCUCUCAAUUCUCACCUCCAUACCCCCAUGUACUAUUUCCUCUUCAACCUUUCCUACAUUGAUCUCUGUUACUCUUCUGUUUUCACUCCAAAAAUGCUGAUGAACUUCAUCUCAAAGAAGAAUGGAAUCUCCUAUGCAGGAUGCAUGAUUCAGCUGUGUUUCUUUCUCUUCUUUGUCAUCUCUGAGUGCUAUAUGUUGACCGCAAUGGCCUAUGAUCGCUACGUGGCCAUCUGUAACCCACUGCUGUAUAAGAUCACCAUGUCUCAGCCAGUGUGUUCUGGGCUCUCUCUUGCUGCCUAUGCAAUGGGCUUUGCUGGAGCCAGUGCCCACACAGGCUGCAUGCUUAGACUAACCUUCUGCAGUGCCAAUGUCAUCAACCAUUACUUGUGUGACAUCCUGCCCCUCCUCCAACUCUCUUGCACCAGCACCUAUGUCAAUGAGGUAGUGGUGCUCAUUGUGGUGGGCAUUAAUAUCACAGUCCCCAGUGUCACUAUCCUAAUAUCUUACAUUUUUAUCAGCACAAGCAUUCUGGGGAAGAGUGUACAGCGUGUUCGACCCCACUGCUUGUCGAGGAAGAAGACUCCUGACUGCACCUGGUCCACUCUCAGCACACUGAUGCCAAUUGUCCCUCAGGAAAGCGGAGUGCUCAACCCUCUGAUUUAUAGUUUGAGGAACAAAGAUGUCAAAGUUGCUCUGAAGAAUGUCAUGAUUAAAAUUCAAAGUAGAGAU